CACCCACUGACAACUACUCCUCGUCGGCGGCCGUUCGUCUGCUCGACGGAUAAGCGAUCACCGGCCGAGCGAUCGGCGCGACAUCGACGGAAUCGACAGGAAUCGACUCAUCGACUGACGUGGUAGCCUGGUAAUGGUCUGAUACGGGAUCGGUGAACGAAUCUUGGUAGAAUGGUCCUGUUCACGAUAAUCGCGAGGGUGGCGGACGGUCUGCCACUGGCAGCUACCAUGCAGGAUAACGAGCAGGAUGGUAAGAACAUUGUGGAGUAUCAGAAUCAAGCAAAGUUGUUAUUUAGAAAGUUGGGUCCACAAUCUCCAACAAGGUGUACCCUUGAAACAGGACCAUACUUUUUCCAUUAUUUAAUCGAAAAUGAGGUAUGUUAUUUGGUAUUAUGUGAAAGAAAUUACAGUACACGCAUAGCUUACAGCUAUCUGGAAGACAUAGCACAGGAGUUUCAUUCUCAGUAUGGCAAACGUGUAAAUACAGUAACCAGGCCUUAUACUUUCAUUGAAUUUGAUACGUAUAUUCAGAAAGCUAAGAAGAUCUUCACAGACAGUAGAUCUCGCAGAAAUUUGAAUACACUCAACACCCAGUUGCAGGAUGUGCAGAAAAUUAUGGUACAAAAUAUUGAUGAUGUUUUACAAAGAGGUAUCGUACUCUCAGAAUUGGAUACAAAGACGCAAAACUUGUCCAUGCUGUCGCAGAAAUAUAAAAAAGACGCCAGACAUCUAAACAGCAAAUCAAUGUACACAGUUGUUGCUUUUAUUAUUGUAUUUGUGGUCUUCCUGUUAUAUUUUUUCAUUCUUUAGUUAAAUAACACAAGUAAAAAAACUUUGGUGAUAUGCGUCAAAGGUAUUCCAUUUCCAAAAAUAGAUAGAACAUUUUUGUUUAUUUCACUCAUAAUUAUAGAUUGUUCAUGAUUGCACAACAUCUUUUACAAAAGAGGAAAAUUAUAAUUUUACAUACAAAACGAAAAUUGCGAAAGUAUAAUUAUAUCAAUGUAUUAAAAUUGGUGUAUGUAAAAAUUGUUUAUAAAAAAUAGCUUAUAAUUAUAUAACAAAAUGUUCACAAUUUUUUAGCACUAUUUAAUGAUAAAAACUACAUUAUUUUUGCUUACUACAUUUUUUGUUAUGUAGAAAUAAGUAUAUAAUUUUUAUUACACUAUUUCUGUUGAAGUCGUUUUAGUAAUCUUAUAUAAAGGGUUUAGUAAUAUUUCUUUAAAAAAAACCAUGCGAUCGAUUUUUAAAAUAUAUAGCAGUAAAUAUUCAUGUGUAAUAUUUCAGCAGUUUAUGGUGAAAAAACAGAUUGUUUAUAAAUUAUCGACUGGAACAAAAAUUUUUCAAAUGAGAAGUAAACAUGGAUUUUAUUACUGAUAAAAAAAAGGAAAAUUUUAUCAUUCCUACAUUUUUAUUAAAUUGUACAGUUUGAUCCUUUGCGAAAUCUCAACGUAAUAUAAGUUAAAGAAAAUAUAUUUAUUAUUUUUGAGUAUGGUUGUAUUUUUAGGUGAUAUGCAGAUUAUGUGUAUAUGUAUAUCAUUAAUAAAAAAAGAACCAAUAAAAAAAAAUAUAUAUAUAUACAU